AUGGGUUCCGCAAUGGAGGAUGAAAAAGACGCAUUUUACAUUGUCCGCAAGGGAGACAUCAUUGGCGUGUAUCGAAGCUUGAGCGAAUGCCAGGAACAAGCUGGAUCAUCUGUUUCACAUCCUGCAAUGAGUGUCUUCAAAGGAUAUGGUUGGCCUAAAGGAGCAGAAGACUUGAUAUCGUCGUUUGGAAUGAAGAAUGCUCUCUUCUCUAUCAACGCAAGUUAUGUCAAAGAUGAUGUUUUUGGGAAACUCACUCCUUGUCCUCUUCAGCAACCAUCUUCUUCCCAAGGAGGAGAGACUUUGGGCAAACCUUCCCUGCCUAAGAGAUCGCAGAAAAUGGAAAGUGAUGAUUCAGAUAGAUUUUCCUCGAGUCCUGCACAAAAGCAUCUUAAAACAGGCAAUGACAUGGUUUCUCGGGUUAUUCCUUCCAGCUUCUUGACUCGGACACCAAUUCUUAAAGAUGAUUCAUGUACAAUCGAGUUUGACGGUGCUUCGAAAGGAAACCCAGGAAAAGCUGGUGCAGGAGCUGUUCUCCGUGCUUCAGACAAUAGUGUGCUCUUCUAUUUACGUGAGGGUGUAGGCAUUGCCACAAACAACGUUGCUGAGUAUCGAGCUCUGAUUCUUGGUCUCAAGUGUGCUCUUGAGAAAGGGUAUAAAAAUGUGAAAGUCCAAGGAGAUUCAAUGCUUGUCUGUAUGCAGGUUCAAGAUGCAUGGAAAACCAAACACCCUAAAAUGGCUGAGCUUUGUAAACAGGCCAAGGAGUUUAAGAGGCAGUUUAAAUCAUUCCAUAUUCAACACAUUGACAGGGAAUUCAAUUCUGAAGCUGAUAAACAAGCUAACCAUGCCAUCAAUCUCGGAGAGGGUAAAAUGGAAGUGAUUCCAGGCGGCUAG